UCCUCUUUAGUGGAACGCCUUCUCCGUGUCGUCUUUACCCCGCCAUUCAAGAUGCUUUGGGGGAGAACCAGUCCUGUGGUGCGUGGGGUCUCGAGAAGCUUUUCCCUCUCGAGACCCUAUCCGAACUUCAGAUACCCUCCUCCAAGCUCGAGCUGUCCUUCCAAACAUUCACCCCGAUCCUUCCAUCAAUAUCCAAUUAAGAUGUCCUCAGAAAACAAAAGCAAUGGCACAUCAAAGCCUACAGCUUGGUCCGGUCCAGGGCAAGCAGCAUUUGACUUCAGAAGCGACGUAGUCACAACGCCGACUGCUUCGAUGCUCCUCGCCAUCCAAAACACCACACUCCUCGAUGACGUCUUUGCCGAAGACACCACAACCCUCGAUCUCGAAUCGCAUAUCGCAGCCCUCACCUGCCAUAAAAGCGCGCUCUUCGUCCUCUCCGGCACAAUGGGCAACCAACUCGCGCUUCGCACACACCUCACUCAGCCUCCUCACUCCGUCCUCUGCGAUCACAGAGCGCAUAUCAUAGAAUGGGAAGCUGGCGGCGUGGCUUCACUGUGCGGAGCUUUAGUCAAAGGCGUAGUGCCAAAAAAUGGUGUAUAUUUGACACUGGAAGAUGUGAAGAAGAAUGUUGUUUUGGGGGAUGAGAUACAUUCGUGUCCAACGAAGAUUAUUAGUUUGGAGAAUACACUUGGAGGGACGAUUAUGCCGUUAGAGGAAGUGAAAAGGAUAUCAGCGUUUGCAAGAGAACAUGGGAUUAAGAUGCAUUUGGAUGGAGCGAGGAUAUGGGAAGCUGUUGUUGCGGGAGCGGGAUCUUUGCCAGACUAUACGAAGGAAUUUGACAGUGCGAGUCUAUGCUUUUCGAAGGGAUUGGGUGCGCCAAUUGGGAGUAUACUUGUUGGAAAGGAGAAGUUUAUUAAGCAUGCGCGGUGGGUGAGGAAGAGUAUUGGUGGAGGACUUAGACAAUCUGGUGUCGUUACUGCGGCGGCGAGGAUAGCUGUUGACGAGACUUUUGGGAAAGGUCCAAAUGGUGAAGGAGGCUUGUUGAAAGGGAGUCACGUCAUGGCGAAGAGGAUUGCCGAUAUAUGGACUGGAAUGGGAGGGAAGCUUACUCAACCUACCGAGACCAAUAUGGUGUGGUUUGAUCUUGACGAUGCCGGAAUUUCAGACGAUGAAUUUGUCGAGCUAGGAAGUAAACAUGGGUUGAGAUUCUUAGGUCCGAGAUUGGUGGUGCAUUAUCAGAUAGGUGAGGAGGCUGUUCAGAGACUUGGAGAGGUCUUGAAGGAAGUUAUUGAGAGGAAGCAGGCCGGCGGAGUAAAGAAAGAAGGGAAAGUUGGUGAGAAAGCAUAUGGCACUUGAGAUUAUGAAGAGAUGGAAAUGAAGAGACAAACCAUUUAGGAA